UAUUUGUGUGUCUCUCUCAAUUGAUGGAUGACUGCUGUUAUAUGCCUCUGUGUGCUUUCCCUGCCUCUUAUUCCUGCUGGUACCAAGCCUCAGACACAGAGAGAGGGAGAGGGCUGGCUGCACACAGAGAACUCCAGACACACACAGAGACCAGGGCAGACUUUAGUGCAAAGAAACCAGCUCCAAUGAAUUACAAGGUGCUGGCUGCAUUGUGAGUGCAGCAUCCCCUCAGCAGCAGCUCAGAGCAAAAGGAUUCCUGUGUCUUCUGCGCUAUUCAAGUACCGGGCAAUUAUUGCAUUUUUUUGCAUUUUAUUUUCAUUUUUCUGUGUGUUCUUUUUGUUUAAUUUUUAAUUUUAGAGAUUUUUUUUUUAAUUAAUAUAAAUUCUGCGUUGGGAUUUGCUCACAAAUCUGGAAAGUACCUGGAAGCCUGUACAGGAUCCUGUGGAUGAUUUAAAGGGCUCCGUGCACUCUGCAAAACAGGGAAUCUCAUGGCUCUGAGGGGAUGUUCUACCCUCUCCUUAUGGCUCCUGGCAUGGAGCAGCGUCUGCCAAGUGUAUGCCAACGGGUGCCCAGCCUUGUGUACCUGUAGUGGGACCACAGUGGAUUGUCAUGGUUUGGGGCUAAAAAUGGUGCCAAAAAACAUCCCGAGGAACACAGAGCGACUAGAACUGAAUGGCAACAACAUUACGCGCGUCACCAAGAACGACUUUGCCGGCCUCAAGCAGCUGAGAGUCUUGCAGCUGAUGGAGAAUCAGAUUAACAGUGUGGAACGCGGCGCUUUUGAUGACAUGAAGGAACUGGAGAGGCUGCGCCUCAACCGAAACCAGCUGCACACUCUACCCGAGCUCCUGUUCCAAAACAACCAGGCACUCUCCAGGGUCGAUCUUAGUGAGAAUAUCAUCCAAGCCAUUCCCAGGAAAACCUUCCGCGGAGCUACCGAGCUUAAGAAUCUACAACUGGACAAGAACCAGAUCAGCUGCAUCGAGGACGGAGCCUUCCGAGCCCUCCGAGGAUUGGAGGUUUUAACUCUCAACAACAACAACAUCACUACAAUUCCAGUUUCCAGCUUUAACCACAUGCCGAAGCUGAGGACUUUCCGCCUGCAUUCCAACAACUUGUUCUGUGACUGUCACCUGGCCUGGCUCUCCCAGUGGCUACGCCAGCGACCGACCAUCGGGCUCUUCACGCAGUGUACCGGGCCGCUCCAGCUCCGUGGUCUUAACGUGGCGGAGGUGCAGAAGCACGAGUUCAGCUGCUCAGGUCAGACUGAUCCACCCAGCGCCCAGAUUUGCAGCCUCUCCGUAGGGUCAUGCCCGGCUAUGUGUACCUGCAGCAACGGGAUUGUGGAUUGCCGGGGAAAAGGUCUGACUGCCAUACCAGCAAAUCUACCGGAGACCAUGACGGAAAUACGUUUGGAGUUGAAUGGAAUCAAGUCGGUACCGCCCGGGGCAUUUUCUCCGUAUAAGAAGCUUCGCAGGAUAGACCUCAGUAACAACCAGAUCUCAGAGAUUGCCCCUGAUGCUUUCCACGGCCUGCGUUCCCUUAAUUCCCUGGUUUUAUAUGGCAACAAGAUUACAGACCUUCCUAAAGGUGUGUUUACUGGUCUCCAUGCGUUGCAGCUUCUACUUCUAAAUGCCAACAAAAUUAACUGCAUCCGAGCGGACACCUUCCAGGACCUUCAGAAUCUCUCGCUGCUGUCUCUGUACGACAAUAAAAUCCAGAGUUUGGCCAAAGGAACUUUCGCUUCUCUCCGUGCGAUCCAGACAUUGCAUUUAGCUCAGAACCCAUUCAUCUGCGACUGCAACCUGAAGUGGCUGGCAGACUUUCUGCGGACCAACCCCAUAGAGACCAGUGGUGCCCGAUGUGCCAGUCCUCGCCGACUCGCCAACAAACGCAUUGGACAAAUAAAAAGCAAGAAGUUCAGAUGUUCAGCAAAAGAACAAUACUUUAUUCCAGGAACAGAGGACUAUCAGCUGAACAGUGAAUGUAACAGCGAUGUUGUGUGUCCACCCAAGUGCCGAUGUGAAUCCAAUGUGGUGGAUUGUUCCAACCUGAAGCUGUCCAAAAUCCCAGACCGUAUCCCACAGUCCACAUCAGAGCUCCGUUUGAACAACAAUGAGAUCGCUACUCUAGAAGCUACCGGACUCUUCAGGAAACUCCCUCACCUCAAAAAAGUAAACCUGAGCAACAAUAAAAUCUCAGAAAUUGAGGACGGGGCGUUUGAGGGCGCAGCGCCGGUGAGCGAGUUACAUCUCACCGCCAAUCACCUGGAGUCUGUGCGAAGCGGCAUGUUCCGCGGCCUGGAAGGGCUGAGAACGUUGAUGCUCAGGAAUAACAGGGUCAGCUGUGUACACAAUGACAGCUUCACCGGACUCCGGAACGUCCGGCUCCUGUCCCUGUAUGACAACCAGAUCAGCACCAUCACGCCAGGGGCCUUUGACACCCUGCAGUCCCUCUCCACCCUGAAUUUAUUGGCCAAUCCUUUUAACUGCAACUGCCAGCUGGCCUGGCUUGGGGACUGGCUGAGGAAGAGGAAGAUUGUGACCGGAAACCCUCGCUGUCAGAACCCGGACUUCUUGCGACAGAUCCCCCUUCAAGAUGUGGCCUUUCCUGACUUCCGAUGUGAAGAAGGCCAGGAAGAGCUGACCUGUGCACCGCAGCCUCAGUGCCCGCAGGAGUGCACCUGCCUGGAUACGGUGGUCCGGUGCAGUAACAAGCACCUGCUGUCUCUGCCACGGGGGAUCCCGAAGAAUGUCACAGAGCUAUACUUGGAUGGCAAUCAGUUCACUCUGGUGCCCAGGCAGCUGUCUACAUUCAAGUAUUUGCAGCUGGUAGACUUGAGCAACAACAAAAUCAGCUCCCUCUGCAACUCGUCCUUUACAAAUAUGAGUCAGCUCACCACGCUGAUCCUGAGUUAUAACUCUCUGCGGUGCAUUCCUCCCUUGGCGUUUGAGGGUCUGCGAUCCUUGAGGCUCCUGUGA